CAAUCAGGCGGCUGUGCAGUGAGGCAGCUGGUGUAGCUGAGACCUCAAACCUGCGCUGGGAACAUAGGCAAACAUGGCCCUGCAAUGGAUGUUUCUCCUGCUCCUCACACCUCUGCUGGCAGCACUAAAUCAUGGAAAAUGUAAACUUCCCUCUCACUGGGACCGCAAGCUAAGGUUUAACCCAAGAAAGGACAAUGGCUAUGCCUUGAAUGAAGUGGUGCAGCUCAGCUGUGCUGGGAAGCUUCUUGGGAAGUUUGCGCCAUCUGUCCCACAGAUCCAAUGCAUUUCCAGAGGGGCCGAGAUCCUGUGGAAUGAGAAUGCCACCUGCAAAGAGAGAUGCCAGCAGCCCCAGUGGGACUCACAGCUCCAGUUUAGCCCAAACCAGAGUUUUUACUGGGUCAAGGAAGAGGUGACAUUGAGCUGCUUUAUGAAUGACACUUCUCCCCUUGCUGUGAUCAGAUGUGCAAACUGGAAGGAUGCUUGGGAUGUGUUGGACAUUCAGGGAACAUGGUCAAGGUUGGCAGAGAACCUGACCUGUGCAAUGGAAAAAUGCCCAAAACCUCAGUGGGAUUCAAGACUUCAGUUUUCAGAGAACGAAACUGAAUACCUACAGAAUGAAGAACUGACACUGACCUGCCCCAAAGAUCUUGAGCCCUCCUUCCCUAAGGUCAAAUGUACAAAGGAAUUCCACCGAAUGAACUCUGGAAAAUCAGUCUAUGUGGGUGCCUGGUGGGGCAGGAACAGCACAGGUGCCUGGACACUCAUUGAGAAGGAUGUCCUGUGUAUGGCUCUCCCAAGAAGGUGCCAAAGGCCCCCACGGGACUCCAUACUCCAACUGGCACCAGACCAGGUGAAUUAUGAAGUGGAUGAUGAAGUGAUGCUGAGCUGCCCUGAAGGUUUCCAGCCAUCCUUCACUGAAAUCAAAUGUCAGAGUGAACUCCAGUACUAUUAUCAUGUGACACCUGUGUACAAAAAAUUUUGGCGUGGAAGAGACUCCAGAGGUGCCUGGGUCCCCAUUCAGUCCAGUCUGAAAUGCAUCAAUGUCCUCCAGAUUGACCCUGAGACCUGUGAGAUCUCCAGCACCGGCAUCAAACUGAACUGGACCUGCAGGUUCCCUGAUGCCUGCCAGGGCAUGAGGGCCAUGUGCCGGCUGGCAGUGCCUUCCUCCCUUCCCUGUGAGGCUGAGGAGGUGAAGGGAGAGCAGAUGUUACAUGGCCAGGAGGGAACAUUUACCUGCUCCCCUUUGCAGCCCUUCACUGAGUACAGUGUCACCAUCGACUUGCCCCCCAACACAACCCUUUUCUCAUGGUUGUUCACGACAAAGGAAACAGUGCCGGACAAACCGCAGCAGCUGUGGCUGGAUCCCGACAGGGGCUCUCUCCGCUGGAACUCGCUGCCCUCCUGCAACGGGGAGAUCGUCGGAUACCAGCUGAGCAUCACAGCCAGGAGGGCAGGGGACAGCAGCGUGCUGGAGACGGAGCGGCUGCGCCUCAAUGGCUCCGUCACCGAGCACCGGCUGCCGGAGCACAGCCCUGGCAGCAGCUACACCGUGACGAUCCAGGGGCUGACGGCUGCUGGAGCCGGGCCCGCGUUGAUGAGGGACUUUGACAGCGACAGCUCCGACACCCCGCACCGCCGGGGCAGCGGCUGCCGCAGCGUGCGCGACAUCGCCCCGUCCCAAGGCACGGCCGUGCUUCCCCUGCGCCCCCUCGCCCCGGCCCCCGGGGCAGCCAGGGAGCACCAGCUCAUCGUGGCCGCCACGCACAACGCCUCGCUCAUCGAGGGCAUCUGCUCGGGCCGGCCGCAGCUCUCCAACGCCAGCGUCUACGUGGCCGCUCUUCUCAACCUCACCGCCCCCACCGACUUCGUGCUGGGCGACGGCAGCCGCGGCCCGGGCCAGCACAACGCUGCCCUCCGCCCGGGCCGGGACUACACGGCCCUGCUGCGCCUCAGCCGCCUCUGGCCGCAGGCAGAGAAGUUCACCUGUGUCUGCUACAGCUUCUCUGUCGGGCAGGAGCCAUCAUCUCUGCUGGACAGGAAACUGGUGGUUUUGGCAGUAGCACCGACUCUGGCAUUCCUGGCGCUGGGGAUUUUGCUGCUGUUUGUGGUCUUCAGGCUAAAGCACAACAGUUCAAAAGUCUCGGAGAACAACAGCACUAUACCCCUGAGAGGAUGUCAAAAAGAUGGAUGCAAGCCAAACACACAGAUCCCAGUGGAGGAACUGCUGGAGGCUCUGAAGAUGUUUAAGAGGGAAGAAAUAGAGGCAGAACAGACAGAUGAUGAAUCAGUCGACAGGCAUGGUGCUGGGCUUCUUAGAGAGUAUCAGCAAUUGUCCUCCACUUUGUUACACCCCUGCAAUGCUGGGAAGGAGCUAUGCAAUCAAAACAAGAACCGCUAUAAGAGCAUCAUCCCAUAUGAUCACUGUCGUGUGGUGCUGCAGCCCUCUGACACCGGGAAUGGCUACAUCAAUGCCAGCUAUGUGGAUACCUACCGAAGUCCACGCUUCUUCAUUGCAGCUCAAGGCCCCUUGUCUGGAACAGUGGUGGAUUUCUGGCACAUGGUCUGGCAGGAGAAGACCUCAGUCAUUGUGAUGCUGACGGGCUUAGUGGAGCAGAACAAGAUCAAGUGUGAGCAGUAUUGGCCAGAGCAGGAGCAGGUCUACGGCGACUUCACCGUGACACUCAACAACACCUGGACCACCACAGGCCUUGUCAAACGCAUCUUCUGCCUGCAGAAGGCAGGCUGUGCUCUUCCAAGAGCAGUGGAGCAGUUUCACUACCUGCUGUGGCCAGACCAUGGGGUGCCCAGAAACCCAUCCCAGCUCCUGUGCUUGGUGGAGGUGGUGAACAAGAGGGUGUUGGAAGCACCUGCUGGCCCCGUGUUGGUGCACUGCAGCGCAGGGAUCGGGCGCACAGGUACCUUCAUCGCCCUGGACUUCCUCCUGAAGAUGGGGAAGGCUGAGGGGAAGGUGGAUGUGUUUCACUGCGUGCAGCAGCUGCGGGAGCAGCGGGUCAGCAUGGUGCAGACCAAGGAGCAGUACAGCUUCCUGUACGAGGCACUUCUCGAAGGCUUGCUCUGCGGCAACACCGGGGUCCCAGUGGAGAGCAUCGCCACCCUUGUCCACUCCCUUCGAGAAGUUGAGACCUCAGGCCACAACAGUGUCCUAGAGAAGGAGUUCAAGGCCCUGCAGAGAUUUUCUGAGUUGUUCCAGCUCCUGCCAUGCAGAGAAGCAGAGAAACCCAGAAACCAACCUAAGAACCGCAAGCCAGGGAUCCUGCCAGCCGAUUCCUGCCGGCCCAUCCUGAUGUCCUCGGUGAACGCAGACGGCUCUCCAGCUUACAUCAACGCCGUGUUUGCCAGCACGUACACCGAGGAGGAGAGAAUCAUCAUCACCCAGCUGCCUUUCCCCACCACGCUGGUGGAUUUCUGGGCUCUGGUCUGGGAUUACACCUGCACAUCAGUGGUUGUGCUAAAUCAACUCCAGGAGCUGGACAAGACAUAUGUGCAGUUCUGGCCCACCCAGGGCGAGGAUGACUAUGGCCGAUUCCAUGUCCAGCUGAUUGCAGAGGAGCCUGGGGCUGGCUUCACGACUUGGACACUUGUGCUCAGCAACAGGCAGCAGCCCAAGAAAUCUGCAGUGGAAAUCCAGUUACAUCAACUGACAGACUGGCCCAUGCAGCAGCAUCUGCCCCCACACCCUGACACCAUCAUCAGCUUGCUAGGGAAGGUGGAGACACACCAUCGGCAGAGCCAAGAUGGACAUAUCCUUGUCACCUGCUGGGAUGGAGCCAGCCGGAGUGGGAUCUUCUGUGCUGCUAGUUUCCUGUGUGAGCAGAUCCAAAGUGAGGGGAUGGUGGAUGUAUCCCAGGCUGUGAGGAUGCUGAAGAGGCGGAGAAGACAGUUCAUUAAAGAUGUGGAACAGUAUGGGCUCUGCUAUGAACUAGCCCUCAGUUACCUGAAUUCAUUUGAAACCUAUGGGAAUUUCAAGUAGGGGCAUGACCACAGCCUGUCUCUGGAUGGGACUUCAAUGCCCUGGACAGCCCUUCAUCAGUAACAGUGGAAGCAAGAGGAAAUAAAAGGGUUUUGGUGUGACCCCAAGAUGCUUCACUCCCCUGAAAAACCACCCCAAGGGUCUUCUGUGGCUGGAGAACAUAGGCUGGACUGUCUCCAAAUUUUGGCCAGGCACAGAAAUGGGAACCUGACCCUCUGCCCAACAUUUGUGCAGGAACUUAUCUGGAAUCACAGCCUGAGUUUGCAGACCAGAGCAGAGGCACCAGGACUUCACCCAUCCAUUCUUGCCAAGGUUGAAGAGAACAGCUGUCCUAUCCAGGUUCCCUUGUCCCCUCAGGUAGCCCUAAGGAAAGUGGGGUAGCACAAACACCUACAUUGUUUGGUUAGGGAAGUCUCAAACUGCUCUAAAAUCCAGUGUUCUCAGGAGCACAGGUUAUCUGUCCUACUCUGGGAGAAGUGUGAAGCCCAAAGCCAACGAGAGCCAAGAGUGGGACAACCCAUGGUCCUGUGGGGCUAAACUGGUCCUUCAAACCCCACAUAAUCUCUUCCUGGGGCUACAUCUUCCUGGUGCUGCUCCAAGUGCCACGGCCUACCAGCUCCACAGAGGCUCUCUCACCAGCCUGUCUGGCUGCUCCAUGGCAAUCCCGGGUUUUAGGGGCUCAACGUGAAUAUCCUGGAUGGGGUUCAAACAGCACCAGGGAGAUAGGUUCUGCCUUUGCAGAAGACUUCAAAACCAGUAGUGACCCCAUGGCUCUCUGUUCUGUGUCUCACCAAUAAAGGCCAUGGUGGUGGUAA